UUAAUUAAUAAUAAAAUUAAUUAAAUAUUUAUUAUUUAAUUAUUUUAAUUUACCAAGGUACACAGAAUAGAAUUAAUAAUAUUCGUAUCUUUUAAUUAAAAUUAAAAUCAUACAAAUGAGAUAAUUUUAUUUAUUUAUCAAACUAUGUACUUAUAGGAUAUAAGCUACAUUUUAAUCAUUUAUUCGUUCAGAGUUUGUUGACUUUAUGUAACUAUUUAUGUAAAUAUUUAAGAUAUAAUAUUCUAUAUAAAGUAUACUAAAUUAUAGGUAGGUAACUACAAAUUUAUUAUUUUUAAUAAUUUUUUAACUAAAUUCUUCAAAACCGUUAUUUAAAAUGAAUCCAAUUCAAAUAUCGAAUAUGAGACAAAAAACAAGUAUACUUGAUAAAUCUAUAAGUAAAGGUAAAGGUGAAAUAAACAUGAACUGUUUUGCAUUGAUGUUUUCUGAACUGGUACAGUACUGCCAAGGAAAGGCUCAUACAGUAAAUGAAUUACAAACGAGGUUGUCUGACUUAGGACAAGAAGUUGGCAUGAAAUUAAUAGAUUUACAUUUCUUACGUGAAAAAAACAGCAAACGUGAGAUAAAACUAUUGAACAUGCUGUUGUUUAUUAAAUCUACUUUUUGGAAAAGUUUCUUUGGUCGUGAAGCUGACAAAUUAGAACACUCAAAUGAUGAUGAUUCUACCUAUUAUAUAAUUGAAAAAGAACCAUUAGUAAAUAAAUUCAUUUCAGUUCCUAAAGAUAAAGGUAAUUUGAACUGUGCUGUAUUUGUCGGUGGCAUAAUUGAAGGAAUACUCAAUUCAUCAGGCUUUAAUGCAAAAGUCACUGCACAUUGGCACAAAGGUACUACUUACAUGGUAAAAUUUGAAGACCAUGUUAUAACCAGAGACAAACAAAUGGAUGAACGUUAAUAUUAUUUAAUCAAAGAUCUAUUUUUGUUUUGCUGUUAUCUGUACCAUGUAUAUAAAUUUGUUGUAAAUUAAAUAUUAUCUUUCAAAAUAAACUGAAUACAAUAUAAACAUUCACACUAAAUAAAGAA